CAAACAAUGGAUGCUAAUUCAAUAUUUACAAUCGGAACUAUUAUUCUGAAUGUGGUUGCUGUAUGGGCAGGAACAGUUACUUAUCAUAACGAACGGAUGACAUGGCCGGACGCUGUCAGAUUCUGCCAGAGGUCUGGUGGUGAGUUAGUAAAAGAUAUCAACUCAAUAGAAAUACCGCAGCGUCACGAGAAAGCGUGGGUAGGACGUCGAAUAGAGAGUGACUAUAACUUGAUAGUAUCGAACGGUUGUUUUGAAAUUCCGCCGGAUGCUGAAUUAACGAUUGUUCCCAUACGAAAUGGAUCAUUUGUUGAAUGUUUGGAAGGAUGUCGAAAUUAUACGUUUAUCGGAGUUGAAAAAGGCGAUUAUUAUUGUUUGACAGCGUCGAAAAUAACUAUCAUGCGGAGAGCUUUCUAUUGCGAUUUUAUCAGGAUAGGAAUUUGUCCUUGGUCCAUUCUCCCAGAGCUUUCUUGUGGUGGUACCGGACGAAUGUCAACCUAUCGCUUUACGACGCAAGGCUUUUCUUUGCCGCUUAACUACAUCAACAGGAGAAAUGAAAUGUUGUGUGCAAAAUGGAAGAGAGGUGAUGGUAGAGGCUUGACUUUGACUGGAUGUCAACAGGAAUUGCCAGUUGUUUGUGAAAACGAAGUGUCCAUGAGACCUAUGAACUGGACUAAAGCUUCAAUGAAAUGCUAUGCGAAUAGAACGGACCUACCAACAUGUAGCCAAGAUUCGUUCACCUGUAUGGAAAACAUUUCUCGAAUCACUGGCAGAGACGAAUUUUGGACCCGUGGAUUUGGAUUUGAUAUUGUCGAAUAUGCUUCAAGUUCCCUUCACAUCAAAAGUUCAUCUUUAUGCGGGACAUUUCGAAAGACAGAAGAAUCUGUUACAUAUGUACCAUGUGAAGAAAAGCGUCCGUUUAUAUGUGAACAUUCAACUGUAAAUGUGACGCUGAUAAUAGGGUUGAUUGCCGGGUUGAUUUGUGUGACAACCGUUUUCGUCAUGGGGAUAUUAUUUGUGAAGAGAGCCCAAAGGUCAAGGAAGCUUGAUAUUCUGAAUGCUCUCAAUUACCAGAAAGUUGAAAACUCUUCUAAUGUCGAUUUCGUCAAUAAUGAAUACAUCCCUAAUGAAGAGUCACAGACGGAUACUGCCAGGAUAGACAGUGAUCGCCAUAGGAACACCAACUGUGAUGAAAUUGGACGGAUCGACACAGGAAAUGCUAAUAACAAUAGUUCUCGGGAUGAUCAUGUGAAAAAUGUCGUAACAUCAUCCAAUUCUCAUCAUGAUAAUUACAGUCAUAUGAAAAUAACGAGGUCAAAGGAUAAUAAUGAUCAUAUGACAAAGGCAAGUUCUUCGGCCCAAGUAAAUGAUGAUAAUUACGAUCAUAUGAUAGUAGCAAGUUCUUCGGCCCAAGUAAAUGAUGAUAAUUACAAUCAUAUGAUAGUAGCAAGUUCUUCGGCCCAAGUAAUUGAUGAUGAUAAUUACGAUCAUAUGAUAGUAGCAAGUUCUUCGGCCCAAGUAAUUGAUGAUGAUAAUUACAAUCAUAUGAUAGUAGCAAGUUCUUCGGCCCAAGUAAUUGAUGAUGAUAAUUACGAUCAUAUAUAAAUAGCAAGUUCCUCGUGCAAAAACACUAAAUGAUAAAAGAAGCGAACCGCAAAAAUUCCAGCUUAAACAUCUGAUGUUGAAUACCAUCUUAUCAAGAUACUUUCAAAAUUUUGACAAAGCUGUUGACUUCCUAAAACGAUUUCAGUCUUCUGAUUGUGACAGUAACAAUACAAGUUUGUGCAACAGACAUGCAUGUUGAGUACUACGAUUCCAGUCUGUACUCCAAUAUCUAAAGAGUUAUUGCCAUAUGUUCUAUAUACUACUCCUUAUGUUAUAUUUAAUAUCUUCUGUCUGUUAUCUUUGAUGAAUAUUGUGUGUUGAUUAAGUU